AAAAAAGUAUUGGGAUUAAAACAUUUUGACUAAUAAUUUUUCCUCUUAAGAUAAUGACAAAAUUCGAAUUCUCAGCCUAGAAAUGUUAUUUCCAACUCAACUGUAAUUCGUAUUUUCGUCCAACGAACGAAGACUUUUUUCUUUUUUUUUAAUUCUUAAAGCUCUCCUUUUGCCACGUUGCCGUAAUCCGCCGGCCAAACCAAACGGAUCCCGUCCUCGUCAACCAUCGUCGUCGACGAAACGAAAGUCAAUUUUAAAGCUAAUCCAAAAUUUCCUCAACAACCAAGCGGACCAUUCUCUCUCAAUAUCCGGCCCAAAACUCUGAUGGCUCCCAAAUUUUAGGGCAAUUUUCAAUUUUUCCCCUCUCUCGGACCUCAAUCCCAACCCAGUUUAUACGCUCUUUCUUUCCCAUGUGUCGAUUCUUCCAUCGUUUUCUUCUAUCGUUUUUUUUCUGUGUUUUAGGGUUAGGGUAUGGCGUAGAUUUUGGUCAAGCAUUCAAAGCCCCCGUUAGUGUCAAAGAUGUUCUCCCGGUGCUUCCGCGCCAGAUAUCUUGGCCGCUGUUGAAAAAUCUUCACAGCGCCGUUGACUUGUUGCCCACUUAUGUUGGAUCAGUUACCACAGGCAAUGGGUCAACUGAUUGGAAAGGAGCUUGCUUUUACGAAAACAAGGCUCGUCUCGAGUUGAUGGGGAGCGAUCGCAUCAAUUCGGGAUUGGGCGGUGGUGUUAUUUAUCUCAGGACAUCUAAAGCGCACAGCUGGACCUGUAUGGAUCUUUAUGUUUUUGCAACACCUUACAGGGUUACUUGGGAUUACUACUUUUCUGCUCGAGAGCACACAUUGAAAUUUGAUUCUUGGGAAGACACUGCUGAGUUGGAAUAUGUAAAGCGGAACGGGAUCUCUGUAUUUCUAAUGCCAUCUGGAAUGCUUGGCAUGUUGCUUUCUUUAGUAGAUGUGUUGCCUCUGUUUUCUAAUACUAUCUGGGGUCAGAAUGCUAACCUUGCUUUUAUGAAAACGCACAUGGGUGCUUCAUUUGAAAAGCAUCCUAAGCCAUGGCGUGCAAUGAUAAAUCCAGAAGAAGUGCAUUCUGGUGACUUUUUGGCAGUGUCAAAGAUCCGUGGUUGGUGGGGGGGAUUUGAGACAUUAGAAAAAUGGGUGACUGGAGCGUUUGCUGGUCAUACUGCGGUUUGCUUGAAGGAUGACAUGGGUAAUCUAUGGGUUGCUGAAUCAGGACAUGGAAAUGAAAAGGGUGAAGAAAUUACAGUGGUUAUUCCAUGGGAUGAAUGGUGGGAGUUGUCACUGAAGGACAGUUUUAAUCCACACAUAGCCUUGCUUCCUUUACAUCCAGAUAUACGUGCAAAGUUCAACUCCACCGCAGCUUGGCAGUAUGCUCGGAGCAUGUCAGGCAAGCCAUAUGGCUAUCACAACGCGAUAUUUAGUUGGAUAGACACUGUAGCUGACAACUAUCCCCCACCUAUUGAUGCUCACUUGGUCAUUUCUGUCAUGUUUACGUGGACUAGAGUGCAGCCAACAUAUGCUGCAAAUUUGUGGAAUGAAGCACUAAAUAAGCGGUUAGGGACUGAGGAUUUGGAUUUGUAUGGAAUUUUAGAGGAGACUGAAAGGCGUGGCAUAGCCUUUGAUCAAUUACUCACCAUCCCAGAACAAGAUGAAUGGGUAUACAGUAAUGGAAAGUUAACAACAUGUGUUUCCUUUGUCCUUGAGAUGUAUAAAGAGGCUGGAGUCUUUGGUCCUAUUUCUAACUCAAUUCAAGCAACAGAAUUCACUAUUCGUGAUGCCUACAUGCUUAAAAUUUUCGAGAACAACCAAACUCGCCUGCCUAGUUGGUGCAAUAACGAGAAUGACCGGCUUCCAUUCUGUCAGAUUCUUGGUGAGUAUUGGAUGGAAUUGCCACAUUAUAACACCAUAGAGCCAUAUGUCAACAUGAAUGAAAAUUGCCCAUCCUUACCUCCAAUUUAUGAUAGGCCCACGAGAUGUUAAGUUUGAUUGCAAUCUGCUUGUGGACUAGUGCUCCCACUCACGUUUGUAUCAAAUGCUAAGACGCCUUUCUGGAAUUGGUCUACAACUGUACUAGCUCUAUUUAUGCUUCCAGAUUCCCGCUAGAUAUACUAAAUUUCUGUAAUAAUAUUUUCAAUGUUACGAAAGUCAACGACAUUUAUGUACUAGUUUUGUUACAUUACGCAUUCGUGAUCACAAACAUCUGAAUCAGUGCUUUUGGAAUUAUUGCAAGCGAGCUGGAACUCAUAUCAGCGGCAAGCUUUUUGAUCA